UGUUUUGUGUAUGAAAAUAAGCAUUCGGCUAGUAAAUGUGUUUAAACUAAUAAAAAAAUGGUCAAAAAUAGUAGACACGCCUCCCCCGCCUUAUGAGCGAAAUGGAACAGGCCGCUGAGGCCACGCCCCCUCCGCGCUCUCCACUUCAUGUUAUUGUUGUUUAUGUCAGUCAGAGGCGUUCGAUGAAGGAAGUGACAAAAACACCCAAACAAACCUGUCGAGUUUCCCCCAAAAGCGGCUCUUCAGGGACGUUAUGAAAAAUAGGACCGUCGCCCCGAAACAUAUGUCAACGCGGGGGCUAAUAAACUCAUGGAGCUGCGCAACGGCACCAAGGAGAGAUUAACGCGCCUCCGGCGGAGCUGCAAGCGAGCCAAGCCGCCCAGCGCCAGCAUGAGGCGGGAUAGCAGCAAAGUCCUGCGCCCGCUGCCCGUGGAGACCAACGAGGACGACGAGGAGCUCAUGGACGAGGAGGACUGCUUCUCCACGGGCUUCCUCAAGCGCGACGGCCUCCGCCCCGCGCUGUUCCUCAAGACGCCCAGGUACAGCUUGAUCCGGGAGGUGGGUCGCGGGAGCUACGGCGUGGUGUACGAGGCCGUCGCCCGCCGGUCCGGGGCUCGGCUCGCGGUGAAGAAGCUCCGCUGCGACGCGCCGGAGAAAGUGGAGCUGGCGCUGGCGGAGUUCUGGGCCCUGGCGAGCCUGGAGAAGAAGCACGAGAACGUGGUGCAGCUCGAGGAGUGCGUGCUGCAGAGGAACGGCAUGGCGCAGAAGAUGAGCCACGGGAACAAGCGGAACAAGCAGUAUUUGAGACUGGUGGAGACCUCGCUCAAAGGUGAGCGUAUCUUGGGGUACCCAGAGGAACCGUGUUACCUUUGGUUUGUUAUGGAGUUCUGCGACGGCGGCGACCUCAACCAGUACAUCCUCUCGCGGCGGCCUGACCCGCGGACCAACCAUAGCUUCAUGAAGCAGAUGACCAGCGCCGUGGCCUUCCUCCACAAAAACAACAUCGUCCACCGGGACCUCAAACCAGACAACAUUCUCAUCUCGCAGAAAUCCGGCCAUCCAGUCAUCAAAGUGGCCGACUUCGGCCUCAGCAAGGUUUGCGCGGGACUCAGCAGCGCGGAGAGCGGAGGCGACAGCCAGCUGAACAGAAACAUGGUGAACGUUAACAAGUUCUGGCUGUCGUCGGCGUGCGGAUCGGACUUCUACAUGGCCCCCGAGGUCUGGGAGGGCCACUACACGGCCAAAGCGGACAUUUUCGCGCUCGGGAUCAUCAUUUGGGCCAUGAUCGAGCGGAUCACGUUCAUCGACGCCGAGUCCAAGCGAGAGCUCCUCGGCACGUACGUCCGCCAGGGGUCCGAGAUCGUCCCGGUGGGCGAGGCCCUGCUGGAGAACCCAAAGAUGGUCCUGAACAUCCCCCAGAAGACGCGGAGCAUCAUGUCCGAAGGCGUCAAGCGGCUUCUGCAGGACAUGCUGGCGGUCAACCCUCAGGACCGGCCUGACGCGUCUCAGCUGGAGGUCAGGAUGGACCAAGUCACGUGCGCGGCGUGAAACCAAACCCAGACGAGCGCGCAAAUAUUUCAGGUUUUCAGAGUAUGAUCGACCAGCGAUGAAAAAAAAAAAGGGACAGCGGAUCCAGGAACUGUGAACUUUGUUUUGAGACCGCUUCCAGAAAGCAGAAGUGAAAUCGAAUGACUUGAGAUAUAUAUAUAUAUAUAUAUAUAUAUAUAUAUAUAUAUAUAUAUAUAUAUAUAUAUAUGUAUAUGUAUAUGUAUAUGUAUG